AAGUGAACACCUACUGAUAAUUAGUUUCUCAUCAUUUUCAUUUCUAACCACUCAAACAUAACAGCAACUCAUCACUGCAUAAGUGUUUCCUCUCAACACAUUUGAAAUGCAUACAAAGAACCCUUUAUGGCUACCUGGUCUCAUCACACACAUGAAGAACAAGAAAAAGCUAGCUAAGAGGAAGAGAGAUAGGGUGGUCAUGAAGGUUGUGUUCAAGAAUAAGAAGAGGAAGAUUACCAAGAACACUUCAUUACCACCUUCCAACACUUGUUCAUCGUCCACCUCUCCACCUGCUGCUGCAGGAUGGGACUAUGAAGUCUUCUUGAGUUUCAGAGGCGAGGAUACUCGUAAGAGAUUCACUGAUCACCUCUACUGCGACCUUCGGGAGAAAGGAAUCCACACGUUUAGAGACGACAAGGCGCUUCGCCUUGGAGAGAAUAUUAGUGAGAUUCUCAACGCAAUCGAGCAAUCAAAGAUAUCCAUUCCCAUCUUUUCCGAAGACUAUGCUUCAAGUGAGUGGUGCCUGCGUGAGCUCACCAAGAUGGUUGAGUGUAUGGAGACUCGGGAGCACAUCAUAAUUCCCAUUUUCUACGACGUCAAACCCUCCGAUGUGCGAGAGCAGAAGGGGAGUUACGAAAAGGCCUUCCAGGAACACAAGAAGAAUAAUAUUGAUGGUGAUACUGUGGAGGGUUGGAAGGAGGCAUUGAAGGAGGUCGGGGGAUUGACGGGACGGGAAGUGAAGAAAUUUGCUGAUGGGCAUGAAGGAGCACUGGUAAAGGACAUUGUUUCAGAGGUAUGGGAAAAGCUGAAAAUGAACUCAUUGGAUGUAAAUCAUGAAUGCUUAGUUGGAAUUGAUGUUCAUGUAGAAGGAAUGAUGAAAUUGUUGAGUGUUAAUUCCAAAGAUGUAAGGAUUGUGGGAAUCCUUGGCAUGGGAGGUAUCGGCAAGACCACUAUUGCCAGGGUCAUCUACAACAAUCUCUCCCAAAAGAAAUCUGAAUUUGAAUCCUGUUGCUUCCUUGCAGACGUUAGAGGAAAAGCUCAACAACGCAAUGGACUUGUUGAUUUGCAAAACCAACUUGUAUCUAGCAUCUUGAAACAGGGACACUCUGUCUUAAUUAGGUCUAUGGAUGAUGGCCUUAAUGCAAUCAAACAGAGAUUUUCUGGGAAGAAAAUUCUUCUUGUUGUUGAUGAUGUUGAUCACAGAAAUCAUCUUCAUGCAUUUGCACUUUUGGGGAAGUGUGAUUGGUUUCGUUCAGGAAGUAGGAUAAUUGUCACAACUAGAAACGAAGAGGUCCUAAAUAUGCCUGAGGUAGAUUGUAGGACUUACAAGCCAGAGGAAUUGGAUGAUAGUCAAUCUCUUCAACUUUUCAGCAGACAUGCUUUUAGAAUGGACCGUCCCCCACAAGACUAUUACUCUCUCUCUAAAGAUGUUGUGUCUACUACUGGAGGGUUGCCUUUGGCUCUUGAGGUUUUUGGCUCACUUUUUAUUAGCAUUGGAAAAGAGGAAUGGGAAGAUACAAUAAACAAGUUGAAAAGAAUCCCGCAUAAAGAUGUGACGGAUAGGCUGAAAAUAAGUUACGAUGCAUUAGACCAUAAUCAACAACAAAUAUUUCUUGAUAUUGCAUGCCUUUUCAUUGGGGUGGAUGAAAGAAUUGCUGUCCACAUGUGGAAUUUUCCCAAAGCAGAGAUAGGAGUUCUUCGCCGCCGGUUGUUGGUGAAAAUUGGAGAUAAUAAUGAGCUAAGGAUGCAUGACCAGCUUAGAGACCUUGGUAGAUAUAUUGUUCGUCAAGAAAAUGUUGAAAUGCCGGGGAAGUGUAGUAGGGUGUGGUUUCAUGAGGAAGCCAUCGACGUAUUGGAGAGUCAUACAGGAACAACAAUGGUUAAAGCUCUCAAAAUCUCAUCUUUUACAAAUGAAGACUUUAAAUUAGAGUCACAGGUUGCAGACUCAGAAUCAGAGUCUGAGGUUGAAGACUCAGAAUCAGAGUCUGAGGUUGAAGACUUUGAAUUAGAGUCACAGGUUGAAGCUCUCUGUCUUACAAAUGAAGAAUUUGCAAACCUAUCUAAUCUAAGGUUCCUUCAAAUGGACUUCGCAAAGCUAGAUGGAGAUUUUAAUGGUCUUCUUUUAAAUUUGAGAUGGCUUUGCUGGAAAGGAUGUCCUGAAAUUUUUAGCCCAACCAAUUUUCAUCUAAAGAAUCUGGUCAUUCUUGAUUUAUCACAGAGCAUGGUCACAGAAGAUUGGGAGGGUUGGAAUUAUAUCAAGAUUGCAACAAAGUUGAAAGUUCUAAAUCUCACAUGUUGUAUAAAGAUGGUUAGGACUCCUGACUUCUCUUCAUAUGCAACUUUAGAAAGAUUGAUUCUUGAAGACUGUUGGAGUUUGGUUGAUAUUGACCCAUCAAUUGGGCAUCUCAAGUGUCUAGUUUUCUUAAAUUUGAAGAAUUGUCAUAAACUCAACAGGCUGCCUAGGGAAUUUGAUAAAGUGGAAGCUUUAACAGAACUCCUUAUCGAUGGUACUUGUAUAGAAGAAGUCCCUGUUGGUAGAAGAGUUAUGAAGAAGCUUGAAACUCUCAGUGCCACUGAUUGUCUGUCAUUGACUCAAAUUUCGACCUUAAUCGGUCACCUAACAUCUUUGUUGGACCUUUCAUUUGGUGAUUCAUUUGGUAUCACUAAACUACCAGACUCGAUUGGUUCACUAGUGAAAUUGCGACGCUUGUCCCUAAGGGGCUGCAAAUUAAAAGAGAUUCCAGACUCCAUUGGGAAAUUAGAAUCAUUAAUUGAGCUGGACUUGUCAUCAACAGCCAUUACAGAAUUGCCAGAUACUAUUGGCAACCUAAAUCGUUUGAGAAUUCUUAAGAUGAAAUCUGGUUUGAUAGUGAAGUUACCUAGUACCAUUGGAAUGUUGAUGAAACUUGAAGAGUUACAUGCCUCGCGUUGCAGUUUGAGAGGCAAAAUUCCUAGUAAUUUUGGGGGACUAUCCUCUCUGAGAAUCUUAAGAUUAGAUUCAACACAUAUCUGUGGUCUACCAACAAGCAUUUGUGGGCUUUCUCAACUCCAAACCCUUGAUUUAUGGCGUUGCAAAAAUCUUGAGUUUGUCCCAGAUCUUCCCCCUAGUCUAGCGAGUCUAAAAGUCACUUGCAGGUCAAUGGAGACAUUUCUAAACCUUCCUAGCCUAGUGAGUCUAAAAGUCACUUGCAGGUCAAUGGAGACAUUUCUAAACCUUCCUAGCCUGGUGAACCUAAAGGAGUUGGAAAUUAUUGAAUGCUAUAAGCUGUUGAAAAUUCCUGAAGGUAUUGGUGUCCUUUCUCAGCUUACAUCUCUCAAUGUAUAUAAUUGUGAACAACUUCAAUGCCUUCCAGUUCUUCCCUCAACUCUUACGUCUCUCAAUGUUGAAAAUUGUGAACAUCUUCAAUGCCUUCCAGCUCUUCCCUCAAGUCUAAACUCACUAUAUGUUAGAGAUUGUAAGUCAAUGAAGAGGUUGCCAGAUCUAUCAAAUUUGAAAAACUUAUCAAGUCUAUGUGUUGUGCAAUGUUUAGAAUUAAGGGAGAUUCCUUGCCUUGGAAGAUUAGAACUCCUAACAGAAUUAAAUUUAGAUGGGUGCGAAUCACUAGAAACAUUACCCGAUCUUUCCAACUUGAAGAAGGUAAGGAAAUUAAGUAUUGCAGAGUGCAUGAAUCUGAAUGAAAUUACAGGCCUUGAUAGAUUGGAAUCCUUGAAGAUGCUAGAUUUGUCAUGGUGCACGGCCUUGGAGAGGAUACCUGAUUUGUCGAAACUAACAAAUUUAGAGGAAUUGCAACUUUGUGACUCUGAGAAACUUAUUGAGACCUUGAGGCUUGAAGAACUGGAACUCCUAAAAGAGGUUGACUUGUCAUAUUGCACGGCCUUGGAAAGGACACCUGAUUUAUCCAGAUUAACAAAUUUAGAGAGACUGCAACUUAGUCACUGUGAGAAACUUAGUGAGAUUUGUGGACUUGAAAAACUCGAACUCCUAAGAGAGCUGGACUUGUCAUCAUGCACGGCCUUGGAAAGGACACCAGAUCUGUCCAGACUAACAAAUUUAAGGGAAUUACGUCUUUGUAAUUGUGAGAAACUUUCUGAGAUUUGGGGACUUGAGGAACUAAAACUCCUAGGAAACUUGAACAUUUCUAGAUGCAAGUCACUAGGAAAAUUACCAGACCUUCCAAAGCAUUGUUUUGUUCAGCGUGGAGAGCACGCAAGUCACUAAGAAAAUUGCAGGAUGUCAUGGUAAUUAUCUAUUUUUUGCUAAUCUAUUUUGUCUUCGUAUGAUGGUUUUUUCCCCCUCAAUUGAUUGUAAUUGUGAUUGUUUCUCUGUUCUCUCUUAGUGUGUUUUCUUCUGUUAGGGCGUAGUCGCUCUCUCUCUCUCUCCUCCCCAUCAUUUCACCGUUCUUAAGAACUCUUCCACUUCGAGGUGAUUUCGAGACUAUGGCUCAGCUUGAAGCGCAAAUGGAGUCAUGGAGACAUCGUUCUAUAAUUCUUGUGGAUUUUAGGGCUCGCAAUUGAAGCUCCAACUACACACAUGCAUGUCAAAAGAAUGAAUGAAAGAUCAAUUUCAUAAUCUCUUCAACUUCGAGAGGCCAUUAAUAUGUUAGGGCUCCAUUUCAAGCAUUCAAUCAAUCUCUGAACAUAGAGAGACAAUCUUCGCUCGAGGUAUUCUAAUACCUUUGCAACACAACGAUGAAUUGAUUAUUUUGAUAUUUUAGUUGGUUUAUUGGUUAGGGUUUGAGGUCAUGUAUUAAAGAACAAUCUUCAAAGCUUUAAAGGAAUCAAAAUGUUUUCGUAAGAUGUUUUGUUUCUUAAAAUUGUUUGGAUACAAAAUUUUUGGCUCAUAUUAAAGUCAAAAAAAUUUCUCAUUUUACUUGUCAACUACUAAUGUGCAGAAAAUUUGUUAUUUAUCAAAUUUAGAUAUAUGUUAAUAAUGGUAAUAUAUACCUAACAUGUCCUCAAUUGUGGUUUGAGAGCUGGGAAGGACCAAUGAUUCAAUUUCUGCUUUUAUGGAAAAAACACACUUUGUAGUAAGGUCUAAUGUCUUCAUAAAUACUAGGAGAUUCAUGGUACAACUUAAUUAAAUCAUAUUGUUUGAACCACAAUUUGAAUUUUGCUGGCUAAAAAUGAAAAAAAAAAAAAAAAUGAAGUCAAAAGAGAAGCUCAUAUUUGAUGAGAUGGUUAAUCUUUUAUUGGCUUGUCAAGGAAAUGAAAGUCUUGCUGAUAUACAGGAAUGCAUGGAGAUAGAGGAUAGUUCGAAAUUUCGGGCAAGCGGUUCUCCCUUUACAAGCCUGAAGAAGGUGGACAAGGAAGGAGAUGAAGAAAAGAAGCAACAGAUGCCACCUACUAGUGUCGUGACAAGGCUCA